AUGUCACGUAUUGCUCUAGUAACUGGUGCUGCUCAAGGGAUGGGUCGAGCGAUUGCUCUUCGAUUGGCAAGAGAUGGUUUGAAUGUCGCUGUUAAUGAUAUCAACGUCAAUUCUGAUCAACUGAACGAUACUCGUAAAGAAAUCGAAAAACUAGGUCGAAAAUCUUUGUCCGUUAUUACCGAUGUUUCCAACGAAAAGGAAGUUCAAAUAAUGGUGAAACACGUUGCAAAAGAGAUGGGAAGUUUGAACGUCAUGGUGGCCAACGCUGGAAUUGCUCCAGUGAAAGCUUUACUUGAAAUGUCUGCCGAUGACUGGGAUAAAGUUAUGUCGGUUAAUUUGCGUGGAGUCUUUCUUUGUUACAAAGAAGCUGCAAAAGUCAUGGUUGAUCAAGGUAAAGGAGGUAAAAUUAUCGGUGCAUGCAGUGUUGCUGCUUACAUGGCAAUGCCAUUGGUGGCUCAUUAUUGUGCUAGUAAAUGGGGUGUUCGUGGUCUGACGCAAUCUGCGGCAGCUGAGCUGGCACCCCAUAAAAUUACAGUGAACGCAUAUUGUCCAGGAGUUGUUGAUACUCAAAUGGUAGGAUCAUGCACUCAACAGCUUGCAGCGUACAAUAAAAUGACUCUCGAAGAUAUUCGUAACAGUCUUUUACAAAAGAUUCUGCUCGGACGAAUAUCGAAAGUGGAUGAUAUAGCGAAUCUUGUCUCGUUCCUUGCUGGCAACGAAUCCGACUAUAUCACUGGUCAGAGUAUUAUCAUUGAUGGCGGAUAUUCGUUGUCUUAG